AUGAGCGCUGGUCCUGCCGAUCGAGGUGCUUUACCCGGCAACGCUUUUCGGCCGUAUGGUGGUGGCACCACUUGGACUACCAUCAGACCUGGAACAAAUAUUCAAAGUGGAGAACACACCGCCCCCGGAAUACCUCAGCCUGCGGGGCCGGUGUUCGGCCGGAGCGUUUCGACGAUGGCAACGAGUGCGGCCCCCGUUGACUUGACCUCGAGUAGCCCUGCUUCUUCAUCAAUGCGAGCAUCAGAUGCAGACUUUGUCGAAAACACAAACUUGCUGGGUAUUGUGCGUUCCUACAGUUUGCGGUAUUCGUAUCGUUGGAGGCGUCGUCUCCAGCACUGGUUAGACAUUUCCGUGCCGCACCGCACGGCUCGCUGGCUGGCACUCUGGACGCUUGGAGCGCUCUUUGCUUUGCGUGUCUACUGGACCCAAGGAUUUUACGUUGUUGCCUACGCUCUUGCCAUAUACAAUCUUAACCUGAUGCUCGGCUUUUUGCAACCACGCGACGUGAACGAAAUUCAGGAGGAUGAGCGCAUCGCCCUCCCGAUUCGACGUCGGACGAGUGGUUCAACUGGCGCCUUUGCAGAGCUUGAUCCCUUGAACGGGACGAAUCUUGAGUAUCGUCCUUUUGUGCGACGUCUUCCCGAGUUCCAGUUUUGGUGGCAAAGUCUGAAAAGUGUCGCGAUGUCGUUCGUUGCUACGCUGGUCCCAAUUUUUGAUGUGCCAGUAUACUGGCCUGUGCUUGUUCUGUAUUUCCUCGUGUUAUUCUCGGUUACCAUGAAGCGCCAGAUUGAACACAUGCGUUUAUAUGGUUAUGUCCCGUUCAGCUGGGGCAAACAACGAUACGGCGGGCGUGGUAGCCGUCUUUUGCGCAUCUGGGAGGGCAUGCAGCUUUUCUGGCGCUACCUAACGGGUUACGAUGCAACGCAUACUCGUCGCCGCAGCACCGGGGGACGUGCUGUAACCAGCGAACGAUCUUCUGCGAAUCCGAUUUCAUCACCUUCCCUUCAUAAGUAA